GACAGUGACGGUCUUUGACUUGAUUCUAAAUUGGUAAUUUUGAUGCUCAUCAACACACAGAGUACCAUUCACACACGUACAAGUAUAGUAACUUACUACCUCCAAGAGGGGAAGGAAGCACCAACCAAUGUGAAUGGUGUUCGCUUUAGUCUGUGCGUUGGUUGAAAUUCCAUUUUGGCAAGUUUUAAUGAUCAGGUACUUGUGAACACUAUGAGCACCAGCAGUAGGAGAAUAUGUCUCCUUUACAUAUUCUUGUCAAAUCUUGUGAUGACUCUUGGGAUGCAGUGUUCUGGAAUCAGACCAUCUUUCCGCUUUGAUUGUUACCCAGAAACGGGAAGUAAUCAACAGAAUUGCAACAAACGUGGCUGCUGCUGGUUACCAUCCCCCAGAAAUGACAGAGUUCUUGAAGGUGUGCCAUCUUGUUUUUAUCCAAGAGACUUCCCUUCUUAUCAAAUGGAUUCUCUUAAGCAGACAGACUUCGGUUACAGUUUAAAUCUAACGCGCACAACGAAAAGCUACUAUGAGAAGGAUGUGAUGCAGCUCCAGAUGGAUGUAUAUUAUGAAACUGCACAAAGGUUACACUUCAAGAUUUAUGAUCCCAAGGUCAAGCGGUAUGAGGUGCCAAUCACUACACCUAAAGUUGCAAAGAGAGCUCCUUUGACAGAGUAUAAUGUGCAGUUCUCCAAGUCUCCCCUGGGAAUACUGGUUACACGUGCAAAAGAUAGCACAGUUUUAUUUAACAGUUCUGUAAGUACACUCAUCUUUUCGGAUCAGUUCCUCCAGAUAUCAACCAGCCUUUCAACACAAUUCAUCUAUGGUCUUGGAGAACACAGAGGUCGUUUUAGAUUGUCAUCCGAUUGGAAAACAUAUUCAAUGUGGGCCAGGGACCAACCUCCAAAGGUUGGUGCCAAUUUGUAUGGAAGUCAUCCAUUUUACCUGAACCUAGAGGGCAGCUCUGGUAGAUCUCAUGGAGUAUUCCUGCUUAACAGUAAUGCAAUGGAAGUUGCCAUCCAACCAGCUCCUGCUCUUACAUACCGUUCCAUUGGUGGAAUACUGGACUUCUACAUUUUCUUGGGGCCUGGACCUGAUGAAGUGAUCCAGCAGUACACAGAAGUGAUAGGUCAUCCUUUUAUGCCACCAUAUUGGGGUCUUGGUUUUCAUCUGUGUCGUUGGGGUUAUGGAUCUGCAAAUAAAACCUUGGCUGUAGUUAAAAAAAUGAAAGCAGCAGGCAUUCCGCAGGACACACAGUGGAGUGACAUUGAGUAUGCAGUUGGCCGAAAAGAUUUUACUUUCAACAACAACACCUAUGCAGAAUUGCCAGAUUUAAUCCGGUAUUGCCAUGCAAACAGCAUGCACUUCAUUCCUAUUGUUGAUCCAGCUAUAAGCAGCACCCAGGCUCCUGGUACCUAUUCACCCUAUGAUGCUGGUAUAGUAGGGGACGUCUUUGUUAAAAAUUCUUCUGGAAAUCCUUUGGUUGGAAAGGUUUGGCCAGGUGAGACUGUGUUUCCAGAUUUCUUCAAUGAGAAAACAAAGAGCUGGUGGUUCGACCAAAUCAAGGAUUUUCAUGCUCAAAUACAUUUUGAUGGAAUAUGGAUAGACAUGAAUGAACCCUCCAGUUUUGUAGAUGGCUCUGUGGAUGGAUGUGCUGACACCUUAUUUGACAAUCCACCCUACACACCAUCAAUACUUGAUGGAAAACUUUCUGCAAAGACAAUUUGUGCUUCGGCCACUCACUGCAUUGGUAGACAUUAUGAUCUACAUAAUCUUUAUGGAUAUUCAGAAGCUGUUGCAACCAACAGUGCAUUGGUGAAAGUACGAGAAAAAAGAAGUUUUGUCAUCUCCCGAUCAACGUACCCUGGAAGUGGCAAAUAUGCUGGCCAUUGGCUUGGUGAUAACUACAGCCUGUGGCCAGAUAUGGCUUACUCUAUUGCAGGUAUUAUGUCAUUCAGUUUGUUUGGUAUACCUCUUGUUGGAGCUGAUAUUUGUGGCUUUAAUCUCAACACAUCAGAGGAGUUGUGUCAACGGUGGAUGCAACUGGGGGCUUUUUACCCCUUUUCACGCAACCAUAAUACUUUGGGUUCUAAGGAUCAGGACCCUACAGCAUUUAGUGAUGAUAUGCAGUCAUCUACAAGAAAAGCAUUAAACUUAAGAUAUGCUCUUCUGCCUUACAUCUACACAUUGUUCCAUUUUGCACAUGUCAAGGGGAGCACAGUUGCAAGGCCUUUGUUUUUUGAGUAAGUAUUAGUCUUUUUAGG